UCAAAGCUGACACUAGAUGUCAUCCAGGAGUCACUGGAUAUCAUCUUUACUGUACUGUAGUUUGAACAUGUACAACGAUGCAUGAUGCAGUUGGAAAUGCUGCUCACCUGAUAAUGUUGGAGUGGAGGGGUCAGUGGACAUCCCCUCUGCUUCACCACGAGAUAAAACAAGUAUUGAAGCGCAUUACACCGUGUAAAGAUCAUCAUAUCAACCCACUUCACACCAUGUACGGUCCAAUGUCCAAUUUGUUGAGGGAAGUAGGGAGACAGACUGUCAUCCUCUGGAGUUUGUUCAGGAGCGCACACACACAUCACUGCAUGCAGGUUCUGUGGUUAUUCUAAAACUGUAUAGACUUUGUUUUAAACAUGGUUAAAGUGCGGAACACAUCUGAGAACGAAUGAAACCGUCUGUUAGUUUUCGCUUUCGCUCCCUCCCACUUUCAGCACUCCUCCUUUCAACAGAGGCGCACUGCGCUUUUACGCACGACUCCAGUGACACUGUGGAGGAGAGCAGAGUGCCAUGAAGACCGUCGAUGUGUGAGCGUUUUGCUGCCACCGCUAGAAGAUGAUCCUGCUGCCUGGUCUGUUGUUCAUUCUCUGGGGAGAACCGGCUCGGUGCCUGGAAGAGGGCGGAGGCUUUGAAUUUAACGGAGACAUCCGCCAAUUCGCUGUGUCCAACAACACGGUUUACAUCGCUACAGAGGAGAAGCUGUACCAGCUGAACCACGACCUGACCCUGGUCCGGAGUCUGACCCAGAGAGGAAUCAUAAAGGGUGCGGAACAGGUGGAGUACUCGAAGUUUGACCGGGUUUCUGAGACGGAGAAGUGGAACGCAACUUUCAGUGUCAACAUAUUAUUACCGUUUGUUGAGAAUGACAGUCUGAUCAGCUGCGGUAUGACCGAAGAGUGCGGUUACUGCGAGCUGCUGGACCUGAAGAACAUUUCUAAUGUGCGGUACAAGGAGCACGUCCAGGUGGGGCCCCCAUGGCACAGCAGCGCGUCCGUCAGCUUUCUGGUGAAUGUGGAGACCCGGACCAAGACCGACACUUACAUUCUGGCUGCCAUACAGCAAUACGAAGACAAAUCCACAGAGACCAAAUGCUCCACUGGAUCAGACACGGUGAACUUUCAUAAUACCAAUAACGGUCAGAAUGGAGGGAUAUUUUCCUCUAAUGGAGAGUUCGUUAACUCUCCCAUCAAACAUGAAGGCAGUGUGGAGUUUGUGGAUGGAUUUCAGAUCAAUUCAACAAUCUAUCUUUUCUCUAACGUGCCCUCGAAGGACAAACGCAACAAAGUCCGUCUCAUUUGGCUCGAGGGCAAAACCGACAAAACCCAGACUGUAAAGUCUCUGCGGGGCGCGACUCUCAGUAUCUCUGGUGGUGCUGAGUCAGACAGCAGACUCCUGGCCUCCUCGGUGAUCCCGGGUGGGCCGCCGGUGCUCUGGAGCGGCGUGUUCAGUGCGGACGGAGGACAAACCAACACCGAGCUGGUAGUGUUUGACAUCAGCCCUGAUCUCACCGGAGACCCCGAUGUAGAUCCGUACAGAUCUACUUAUGAGCGAGAUUAUCUGCUCUCAAUACUUGUUUCUACCCUGCAGAAGGUGCUCUUCAGGCAGAACUACAUGACCUCUGUGCUGGCAGUGAGACAGAAGGCCUGGGUGGUUUUCUUCAUUGGGACGGGAGACGGGCAGCUCAUUAAGCUUGCUGUGGACAAGGACUAUCACACCACCUGUCCCAGAGUGCUCUACAGGGCCAAUGACGACCGCCAAGUGUUUCCCAAAAUGCAGCUGGACCAGGUGGAUCAUAAACAUGUGUACGUGCCAUUUAAAAACCAGAUGAAGCGUGUACCUGUGUCAAAGUGCAGCACAUACAGAAAUGUGCAGGACUGUUGGUCUGCACAAGAUCCAUACUGUGUCUGGUGCGGCUCUAAAAGAAGUUGCACAUUUGAAGACGAAUGCCAAGAUUCAGACUGGUUCUCCAUUCCUGAUGAUUCUCAACAGAAAAUGGUUUCAUACAAAGUUCUAAAGGACAGCACUGGGCAGAUCAAACUUAACAUCAAGACACACUUGACUGUGGGCCAGAAGACGCUGUCUAACUUCGCCUGUCAUUUCUCCACAAGUUCCCGUGAGCUUUGUAGCACGGAAAGCCCUCCUCCGCAGUUCCCACAAUGCACCUGUAUCCUUUCUGAUAGCACACUUCCUGCUGAAGGCCUGGCGGUCACUGUAACAAUUAGACUUGGGACGACACAGCUGUUGGAACAACUGAAGCUUACCAGCUGUACAGACAUCAGGGGACCACCAACCUCUGUCCUGUGUCAGCAGUGUAUCGAGGCUGGAUGUGGCUGGAGCACUAACGGCUGUUCCUGGGCGACUGAAGGAGUUAUCAAAGACAGUGUUUGCCAAAUGAUGGAGUCAGGGAUGAAGUUUUCUAGGCCAGAGAUCUCCUCCAUCACUCCCAGCGUUGUGUCUUUUUACGGCAGAAACCGUGCGAUGUUGUCAGGUUCUAACCUCAGUGAUGUGACCAGAGUGAGGCUCCAGGCUGAGGAUUGCACCCCAAAAGAAUCUCCUGUGUGGUACAACUCGGGUAUGAAUCUGACGUUCCACAUUCCCCCCGCCGAUAUGAAAGGCGUGGUCAAAGUAUGUGCUGUGCUCCCAGAUGGUAGUUGCCAUGGCAACGCUAAAAUCACCUACCGGUCCUUACCUUCCUGCACCAACAUCACACCCAGCAGCACCUGGAUCAGUGGGAAGAGGAGGAUCACACUCACUGGAUCCCACCUGGAGUUUGUGGAAGGGGUUGUGCACAGCCUCGCCCUGCAGGAAGUCAGACCUCCCAGAAACAAGACCUAUCAGAAUCUGAUCUAUGACACACCGGCAGCUGGAAAUUAUCGAGGGAGUUUUACAAGCAGUGUGUUUCUGAAAGUAGCCAAUGAAACAUUGGCCUGCUCCACAACAAUAACCUACUACCCAGACCCUGAGUUCACCAGCUUCACAUCUACAAGGACAGGAGACGAUGUGCGCAUCACCAUAGAGAAAAAGACAGACAAACUGGAGAUGACAUUGGGAGAGUUGUCAGUGUGGGGCGUUCAGGAAGGUGAACAAUUCCCCUGCAUCAUGGAAGCCAAAGAAACCAGUAACGAGACUGACUUCUUUAUCUGUGAGAUUCAAGGGACACCUGACGCUGAGUUUCAGCACUUAACAAUAAAAUAUGGUGACAAGACGGUGAGACUAGGGCCUCCAUCUUUAUUACAUCAGAUCCUUCUGAUACUGCGCAUUCUGCUGAUGCCCUGUAUUCCUGUUGUGUUGGUGAUUAUCUGUCGAUGGCAAAAGAAGCUCACUGCUGAGAUGAACAAGAUCUGACCAUUAGGUCAAACCUGGAAAACUAUGGCCAACUCCUUUAUCAAGAUGGACAUAAUGCCUCAGGUUCAUUUUCUGCACUGAGACCCAAUUGUUCACCUGUGGGUCACUGGAGUAAAGUUCUCUCUUUGGUCUCAAUAUUAUGUAAAAAAUCUUAAGCAUACAGUGAGUGUAAGAGGACUUCUGCAGUGUUUAGUUCUGAGAUUGUACAGUAUGCUGCAAGUAUCUCUGAACGUUGUCUCAGUUAUUGUAUCUUAUUACGAUUACUGUUUUUAUGGUAAUUAUAUUGUUAUUGGUCCCUCCUCUGUUACUGUUAAUAGAUCCUGUGUGUUUGUUCAUUUCAUUGUUGUAGUAAUGAAACAUAAAGGUACAAAGAAGCUUUAGAGGCGUUGGUAAGUGGAUUUUGUUACCAGCAGAACCAGGCUAGUUGUAUCUGUUUCCAUUCUUUAUGCUAAGCUAAGCUAACAGGCUGCUGGCUGUUGCUUCAUGUUCACCUACAGACUUGAGAAUGUAGCAUUAGCCAGUGUAGUUUUCCUAUUAUGGGUGUGAGGACAAUUAAUAUAUAGUAUAUAGAUUAAUAGUCAAUAUAUCAGAGUGAAAUUUAAGUUUUGUAAUAAAGUCGUUUUUCUACUGA